AUGGAGUUAAACAAGUUUCGCUCCUUCCUUUUAAGGGGAAAUAUAAGCCACUAUGAGCAUGUGCCAAAAAAGGAAAAUGCGGACUCUCCCUUCGAUGAUACCAGUGGAGGGAAGAACAACGACUCCAUUCCAGAGGCAGAUAAAGAUCACAAAAAAAAACCACCAAUAGAUUACCCAUUUCCUGUUAGCAAAAGUGUUAUUUUCGAAAAGAACAAAGUAAACAAAUCGGAGGAUCGUAUAAACAUAAAUUAUAGUAACAUAGCCAGUGACUUAUACCCAGAGGAAGGAUUUAAGACGCCAAACAGAAAAAAGCAUUUUUCCUCAGACUGGGGAAUGCUACUAGCACAUAAUCAUGAGCUGCACAAUUUUAAAAACACAGAGCAUGACAGCAUUAUUAAAAAAGACAUGUAUGCUUUAAACACCAAAAAUGACAUACGAAAUAAACUAAAUUUGUACGUGGAAAGAAUAAAUUUUCCUAACCCUAAGGAUGCUUGCACGUAUUUGGCAAUAGAGGCACAUAAAUGCUUGUUAACUCAUUCCUUUCACAUGAACCCCGGUGUCAGCAACCAAAAGUGUGUUAAGUGGUUGAAUGAAUAUACAUGCAGU